CAGUGCACAACGUUCAGCUUCUCUGCCAGCAGGUUUGUAGCAUGGAACAACUCAACUCCACUGUGGUCACUUCUAACACCUCCUCUUCUCCUGGAUAUCCACCUCCCGACUCCUGGGACUCCAGAGGUCUGGUCCCUGCUGUGAUGCUGUCCCUCUGCUUCCUGUUGGGAGUUCCUGGAAACAUCGCUGUGAUCAUCCUCAGACCAAACUGGCAGCACAUGUCCAGUGUGAGCCAGAGUUUGAUGCUGAAUUUGGCCAUAUCAGACCUGCUCUGUCUGCUCACCCUGCCAGUGUGGAUUUACGCAUAUCUGUACAGCUGGACUCUCGGCCUGAUGGCCUGUAAGCUCCUAGCGUAUCUAGUGUACUGCAGCCUUUAUGGUAGCCUGCUGACUGUGACGGUGCUGAGUGUCCAGCGCUACCUACAGGUGGUGUACCUGCAGAAGUGCUUACAUCAGGCCGGGAGGAAGAGGCUGCUGGCUCUGCUCUGGCUGGUGUCGAUGAUCCUGUCCAUCCCUGCUUUAGUGGUUCGACAGGUGAUCGAAGACCAGGACUGGACACAAUGCCAGUCUCAAUACUCUUCCCAGGCCCAGCAUGUAGCCGUGCUGCUGACAGAGUCCCUGAUGGGAUUUGUUACAUUUUCUGUUGUAGCAUUUUCAUACAUUCGCCUCCACAUAAAAGUGAACCAGGCAGCUUUCUUCAACAACCCACAGACGACCCGUCUGGUCACAAGUAUCAUUGUGACCUUUUUUGUCCUAUGGAUGCCAAAUCAUAUCAUAAAUGUGUUUGCUGUGGUCGCUAUUUCACUGAACAACAAGGGCCUUGUGAAGUUUUGUACAAACAGCUGGAACAUCACUGGAGCACUGGUAUUUAUGAAUAGCUGCCUGAAUCCACUCCUUUAUGCUUCUGCUUCUCGAAACAUGUGCACUGUAUGCCAAAAAACUUCCAGGUAGUCUAAUCAUUGACAUAGUAUGAUCAAUGAAAAGCCACCAGAUAUCAGAAGAGAGUGCAGAACUUCGACGAUGAUAAUGCUUAGAGAAAAUAAAUUUGUUCUUAUUCAAAACAUCUCAUCUGUUCCGUAGACACACAGUUUGAGGGUGUGGUUGUCUCAUUUUUCAUAGAGAGCUGUGGAUGAUUUCUGAUUUAAUGAUAAAUUUAGAGGUUAACCUCAAAUCAGCUUUGUGCUCAUUAAACAUAUAUUUAAACAUCUUAGCUUUGUGGGAGAGAUCCAGUCAGAGGAAACAACACUUAAUGAGUAGAUUGAAUAAAUGUUUUUGUUGGAGUGAAUGACCAUUUGUCUCCAGUGUUUAGCAGAAGACAGACAUGGAGACAGACCAGAGGAAAGAUAGAGAGAUAGAGAUUGUGCUGGAUUCAUAAUAUAAGCGGAUGUGCAAUCUCAUUCAUUCAGUUAUCUUUGUCUAGAACUACUGAAAUCUAUUUCAGCUCUUACACUGCAUGAUUUGUAUAUUGUAUAUAUUUCUGUCUGACACAUUGAAACAUAUCAUUGUAAACAUAUUAUGAAAUACAGUAAAUGGAUUAAUAAAAUGAUAUGAUGCAUUUUCUUGCUUUAUCU